AUGACGUCAAAAAGUGAUGAAAUUCACGACUCGAUCAUCUUCUCCGACGAGUUUUUUGGCACGAACCAGGGCACCGUGACGACGGGGUAUUUUGCGAAUUGGAUCGGGUUGGGUAACAGCCCAACGAGACGCCAGUUCCAACAAGCGAGCAGGACACCAUUCACCGAGCAGGAUAUUCAGUCCAUACUCUCAUCACCAGCGGCUGCGCGCCUGCUCGCCUUCUCCGCUCAGCGAAACACGUGCCCGAAUAACGGGGCGCUGCUCAACAACCUCGAGCUGUACCACGGUAUGCCGCACGUCUUCAUCGGCGGCGACAUGUUCAACCCCCGCGGACAC